AUGAAAAUCCGUGCUUUUGUUCGGAAAAUUUGCGAAAAGUGCCACCUAAUUCGUAGACGGAAACGCCUUCUUAUUUGCGAUGUGUCAAAAAAUACAAAAAAAUUUGUGUCAAAAACUAGAAGAAAAUAUGUGCCACGUAGAGCUACAAGAAGAUUUUUGCCACGUAAAACUAAACAUCGAAUACUGAAAGGAGUUAUUUAUGUUCGAGCAAGUUUUCGCAAUACCAUUGUUACUGUUACAGAUACACGGGGGCAAGCGGUUUCUUGGUCUUUUGCCGGUGCUUGUGGAUUCAAAGGUACAAAAAGACAUUCACCAUUUGCUGCUCAGACUGCAGCAGCAAAUGUUGUUGAUACCUUAGUAAAUCAUGGUCUUCUGAAAGAAGCAGAAGUUAUGAUAAGUGGCCCUAGUCCGAGGAGAGAUACAGCAUUACGAGCCAUUGCUCAAAGUGGUAUACAAUUAAGUUAUGUACGUGAUGUAACUCCUAUGCCACAUAACGGAUGUAGACCUCCCAAAAGAAGACGUGUAUAA